UAGAACGUCAUUGGACAAGCCCCGAGCUGGUUCAGCGAAUGUGUCGGAUUUGGUUGUGCAGCCACGGAAUAUCGUCACCAGCGCUGCGAGUCACCGCCCAACUACAAUGGACUUCGCUCCUGCAUAAACCAAGGUAGCUACGUCCAUGUCACAUUCACGGGCUCUGGAACGAUCACCAUGUCCUCCUCUAUACGUCCUAGUCAGGGUUUGAUUCUUGACGGUUCUGGCCAUGAAAUCACCCUGACCGGUGAGGCAAUCGAGCUCAAUGGCAAAUCUAUUGUUCAUAGAAUUAACUUUGACACGGGACCUAAAGAUGCCUUGAGGUUGUCAGGGGGAGACGCAAAUUCUUGGGUCCAUCGAUGUUCAUUCCGGAACUAUGGUGACGGCUUGCUUGACAUCACUAAAGGGUACAGUCACGUGACCGUGUCAAAUUGCAAAUUCAAAGAUCACGAUAAAACGAUGUUGAUAGGCGCCAAUAAAAAUGAUGUUGACGAUAGAAACAUGCGUGUCACAAUCCACCAUAACUUCUUUAACAAUUGUCAUCAAAGGACGCCAAGGGUCCGAUACGCUACUGUUCAUGUCUAUAAUAACGUCUUCAAAAAUUGGGGAUCAUACGCCGUUGGUUCAAGCCAAAGAGGCAAAGUGCUUGUCGAAAACAACUACUUUCAGACUUCUGAGAGGAGCCGCGCUGCAGAGGCGCAUACGACCGUAGCACGUGGCGACGAUACGAGAAAUGGGUACCUAAGAGCGGAGGGAAAUUACUACAAUACUGGUAUUAGUGGUAAGACCAACCAACCGGAUCGUGUGGAGAAUAUGUCUUACCAGUAUCAGCUGGAUACGGCAAAUGAUGAUUUGAAAACGGCCGUGAUUGCAGGCGCUGGAUAUAAAUCAUGAAUCCGCAGCUAGAUAAUUGGAGCGAGGUCACCGCCGUCUUCCUGUCUUUCAAAUGUAUACACUUCACCUCCAUUCUACUUGAAUAAUAAAAUAAUAGUUGCAAUUUAUCUUUUUCAAUAUGAACAUUUUCAGUAUAAUAUGUUAGUCGUGCUCCGAGUAUUUUGACCCCCUUCCUUA